UUAGCUACCCUAUCGCCAUAUACUUCGUAAUAAAUACCCACCUUCCGGCAUAACCCUUUUCUGGUCCCACGGUCCGGACAAGAAGCGAAUUGAAGAGACGAGAGAAUCGAUCAUGACCGGACCUGACACCGACCGCCCCGCCUCCCGGGGAUACCGUACCUCUCCGAUCACUCCGAGUCCUCGCCCGUCGAUAGCGAGCAGAGCCAGUCGAUCCAGCUUGCGGCGGGAAGUAGAGCGUCAAGAAGGUCCGGCCCACAACCGACCGACAUCCGCGACGUACUCGCGUCCGCAUACACCGCACACAGCCGCUGCUCCGGUUGAAGAGCCCGCUCGUAUGCCGUCACCCUCGCCUCCACCGCAACCCACGCAGCCACCGUUCUCUCCGGUUUUCGCCCUCCUCAGCUCGACGUCGCUUUCGACCAAUCGGCAGACAGUGCAUCACCCGACGGUACAUUACAUUUUCGCCGAUGACGACCCUGAGAUUUUGACGGCGGCACUCGCCCACCACCAGCAGGGCGCCUACAAUGACAAUAGCGAGGAGGGCACCUCCCUCACCUCGGACCGGGGCGUUCUCCUGGACAUGGAACCUACCGCUGACGGAUCUGGCUAUGAGGUGACAUGGGCUAGCAGCCUAACCCCCGACUGGGCCGUAACAUCUGCCACCAUCAGCCGGUCAGAAGGCGGCCUCGGCGAGGCAGCGCCGGGAUUUGGCAGCAAGUUGGUUCUGAACGUCGAGGGUGUGAGCCUCGAGCCGUCCUUAGGCCCGGCACCCCUGGGCAAGGCGUCGACGCCUGAGGUCGAAAUGCAAUCUUCUGGGGCAAGCACCGGGAAAGCGAGAACAGCGACGGCUGCGGAGGAGUAUGCGGACCUGCUACAGGACUUUGACAAGCGGAUGUCGAUCCUAAGGAAAGUGGUGGAGGCGGGCGCGGCAAGACAGCGAGCGCUUGGGGAGGGUGGUGGACAGUUUUCCGAAGCAGCUAGGGACAAGCCACCCACCGGUGAUGAGAGCGCUCAGGAUCGAGAAGGAAGGCAAUGAUCUCUGGCCGGCUAACAUAUAUCCCUGCUUCGAUUGUCU